AUGACAUCAAAAUCUCGUGUGACUAAACUUUAUAAUACAUCAGCUCAACAUAUAUCUUCUACAAUGCAAGCAUUGCCUUCUAUGAGCAUUAAUAAUAGCAUGUCACAACCAAAGUAUACUGAAGAAAAGACUCGAGAUAAAUUUAAAGGAGUAUUAGAUAAAAUUGUUGAAUUAAUGACAAGCUCACCUAAUAAUAGCAUUAAUAUUCAGUAUGAGGAUCAUGAUGGUAAUAUAUCUGCAUCACCGCUUAUGGAUAUAUCUUCUCCAUAUAAUACAAGGCAUGUUACUCAUGUUGGCUUUGAUAUCAACACAGGCAAGUUUACAGGGCUUCCUAGAGAAUGGCAUAUUCUUUUAAAAGCUAGCGGAAUUACUCAAGUUGAACAGGAACAAAAUCCUCAGGCUGUCAUUAAUGCUAUUGAAUUUUAUCAAAAAACAAGAGAUUCAGAUGAAACUGUUUGGCAUAAAAUACCAAAGGCUACUAUUAAUCUUAGAAAUAGUAGCAGCAUUAGUCUUUGUAGAUCUAAUUCACUCGAAUAUCAGCAUAAAGUUUCAACAAAGAACGCUAUCUCCAAAUCACUACGUAGGUUAUCCAGAUUUAAGCUUCCUGAUUAUGCUAAACGUUCCUCUACGGAAUCAUCAAAUCGAGCAUCUGUAAUAGAUAAAGAGAAACAAAUACUGCAAAAAGAAGAAUUAUUAAAAAAGGAAGUAGAAAUAGAAAACUAUCCACCUGUUAUUAAGCGAAAGCCAAAGGAACAAAAAAAAUCAUUGGAAUCGGAUGUUUUAAGUCAGUUGAAAGAUAUUUGUUAUACAGUAAACCCAAAUAAAAUUUACAAAGAUAUGAUCAAAAUCGGACAAGGGGCAUCUGGUGGGGUCUUUAUUGCACAUCGUACAAUAGCAUGUGACAAUGGGGUAAUUGAUAUCAUACCUGUAGCAAUUAAACAAAUGAAUUUAGAGCAACAACCUAAAAAGGAAUUGAUCAUUAAUGAAAUACUAGUAAUGAAAAAAUCACAAAAUGCAAAUAUUGUUAAUUAUUUGGACUCCUAUCUCUGGAAAGGAGAUCUUUGGGUGGUAAUGGAAUAUAUGGAGGGCGGUAGUUUAACAGAUGUUGUUACAUGCAAUAUGAUGACAGAAGGUCAAAUUGCCGCUGUUUGUAAGGAAGUCUUAAAAGGUUUACAUCAUCUGCAUAGUCAUGGUGUCAUUCAUAGAGAUAUUAAGAGCGAUAAUAUUUUACUGAGCCUUCAGGGAGAUAUUAAACUAACUGAUUUUGGGUUCUGCGCUCAGUUGAAUGAAAGUCAAGCAAAGCGCACCACUAUGGUUGGUACUCCCUAUUGGAUGGCACCAGAAGUAGUAACUCGUAAAGAAUACGGGCCAAAAGUAGAUGUAUGGUCAUUAGGUAUUAUGGCUAUUGAAAUGGUAGAAGGAGAGCCACCUUAUUUAAAUGAAAGUCCCUUAAGAGCGCUUUAUUUGAUUGCCACAAAUGGUACACCUACACUUCAGAGUCCUGAGUCAUUAUCAGAAGAUUUUAGAGACUUUUUAUCCAAAUGUCUCGAAGUUGAACCAGAUAUUCGGCCUUCAGCAGAAGAGAUGCUGAAGCAUCCUUUUUUAACAAUAGCAGAUCCUCUUAGAUCACUUUCCCCUUUAAUUUGUGCAGCAAGAGAAAAUACAAGCAGUGAAAAUACUUAUUAA